GUUAAUACUGAUUGGUGCACAGAUGUGCUUUGCGGCAAGAGUUUACUGAUAAGCUAAAAAAGAAAGAGCUCAUAAAAAAGGAAGUUGGCAAAGACAGUUCUCAAGAGAGAUUAGACAGAGACAUUCAACAGGAAAUGCAGCAAUUUUUCUGAUGGACAAAAUUAACAAGGUUUGACGUAUGCACAUGCAAUGAUGAGUAACUGCCAGAUGGACAACAACAGCUUGCAGGUUCCGCUGGCUGUUUUGUACGCACUCUUCUUUCUGUUCGGGUUGGCUGGGAACCUGCUGGCUCUUUGGGUGUUUCUGCGAGUACAUAAAAAGAAAAACUCUGUUCGCAUUUUCCUCAUUAACUUGGCUCUGGCUGACUUACUUCUUGUGAUCUGCCUGCCUUUCCGAGUGCUGUACCACUCCAACCAUGACCGGUGGGUAAUGUCAUCAUUAAUGUGCAGGAUAGUGGGUAACAUCUUUUACAUGAACAUGUACAUUAGUAUAGUCUUACUGGGUUUCAUAAGUGUGGACCGUUACUUGAAGUUCCAGAGGGCAUCCUGUAGGCGGUUGUUUCUGCAGAGCCGGUGGAGUGUGCUUCUCUGCUGUGUCAUCUGGACUGCAUCAUUUGCUGCAGUUAUGGCAUUGAUUGUUCAGAAUCCAGAGAGUGGUGAAUCCCAACAGUGCUUCCAGUACAAAAAACUGAAUGAAUUCAAAUGGAAAGCCUAUUUCAACUUUGCCAUCGUGGGUAUGUUUUGGGUGGUCUAUGGUGCAUUGGUAAUCUCCUACGGAAGGAUCGGAAUGAAGCUCCUUACAGCCUCCAGAAAGAAACCAGAUUUCCCAAAUGCAGCCAAGUACAAUAAAACAGCAUGGAAAUCCUUCUUUGUACUCUUCCUCUUCACAAUAUGUUUUGUGCCCUACCACUCUGUGAGGAUUUUCUAUAUCAUGUCACAGAUGGCAAAUGACACCUCCUGCGAUUGGAUAAAUGUGUUGGAUAAAACCAAUGAAGCAGUUCUGCUACUAUCUGCCCUUAAUAACUGUCUGGAUCCAGUCAUGUACUUUUUGUUGUGUAGUUCUAUUCGCAAAGUGAUGCUGAAAAUCAUCUGUAAUGGCUUCUGUCAGCAAACCACCAGAGGACUGACAAGUUCUAGUGAGACUCCACAAGAACAGCAAAAAAUCAGUGCAGUUGUGCCUAUGACAGACACUUAGGACGUCAAAACAUCAAAAACAACAAAGACAGAUAAUGUGGUCCAAUGAGAGUUCAUUAAACAUAUAAACCAUGUCCAAAGGCACAGCAAAGUUAAAGGAAAUAUAGCUCAAUCAGGGUUCCCACACCUUGGUUAACUUGAAAAACAAGGACCUUUCAAGGACUUUCCAGGUCCAAUACCCUCAAAUUCAAGGACUUAAUGUGGGGACACAUUUCAAUUGAGAGCAAAGUUACAUCGUGUUACCUUGUAAGAUACAUUGUUACAGUUUUCAUGUGUCUAACACAACUAUGCAAAAAAGCUUUUUUUUUUUUUUUUGGCAUUUACUUUUGGCAAUAUGACAAAGAUCUGAUAUUCUAUUCGUCGUAUUUCUGUUUUGCAUAAAACUGAAGAAUAUUCGGUACAUCCUAUACUGUAUUAUAAAAUGAUCUGAUAUUAACUUUUGCAUGAAUUUUAUUGAAAAGAGCUUAGGCUCAUGUAACCAGAAGUUUUAAAAUAUAUGAAUAUGCUUUUAAGUUUUUCUUGCCUCAUGGGUUUACAUCUGUGAAACGUUGAGGUACCAUCGUAGUAGUUUCGUGAUUACAUGAACGUCGUGGCAACGUACAACACAAAGUACCUCAUGCGGGAAACACUUAACGUAACGCGUAAAUGUGCGUGACUAACAUAAAUCAAGCAAGCUAGUAUGCAUAGGCCACAAAGUUUUGGCAAAAUAACACAUUAGCGGACCAGAGGGAAUAAUAUGGAUUUUUUUCCAGAAAACUUCUUGCACAAAAUAAAUUUAAGCACUUUUAAGGACCUGUAUCUAUGUAUGUUUAUUUUCAAAAACUGGGAUUUUUAAAAACUGUGGUUUACCUUUUAUUAAUCUUCAAAACCAUUACUGUUUUUUUUUUUUUUUUUUUUAAAUAAAAAGUAUUUAAAUGUAUUCUACAAAAACAGAUCAAAAAUAGCUACACUGAAUAGUAACACUGAAAUUAUAUAACACAUAGAAAUUACAUUUUUAAGUAAACUAUUGUUCAUUGUUAAUUUAUUUUUGUUCAUUAUACAUGAACUAAUUUUAAUUUAUGCAGCUUGAAAUGUUAAAAAAAAUGUAUUAGUAUUAGGGCCAUCGAUUUAAUGCGUUAAUUUAAUUAAAUGUGGGAAAAUAACGCAAAUUAAAAGAUUUAAUGCAUUUAACCCACCUACCACCGAGCGCAAUAUAUAAUAUCACACGAGUGCUGUUUUUGUCCCGAAUAGAAUGAGUGCAAAUGUGAAAUUGAUUUUAUACAAUGGUUUACUAAAAAAGAAGUUAAAAUUGUGUUAUAUUUUAGACGAAACAUUGUCUGUUUUUGCUCAAUUUUGUCAAGGAAAAUAUUACCAAUACAACUAGAGCAGAACUGUGCUUCUUCGAGUAACACACUGCGGUGUUUAGUUUCUGAAUUAAUCUACGUUUAAGCGAAUCAGUCGGGCGAACCAAUGAUUCAAUGGCUCAUUCAUAAAGAAAGCCAUUUAGUUUAAUCCUAAAUGUUUGCCUGUAAUGUUCUGUGGAUAUUUUGAAUGCAAAUUAAAAAAAAAAAAAAAAAAAAAAAAAUGAAUCAGCUGUUUGAAUGAAUCGAAUGAAUGAACCAAUGACUCAAUGACUUACUCAUUUACACAUUUACCACCACCUACUGGCAGUUUUAGUUUCUUAUUUAGAGUAUCACUUCAUUAAAAAAUAUAAUUUCAUAUUUUGGGGAAAGUUUGCCCAAAAAUGAAAAUUCUGUCUAUUUACAUUUACUCACCCUCACGUUGUUUCAAACCUGUAUGACUUACUUUCUUUUGCAAAUGUUGGUAACCAAACUGCCUUGGUCUGUAAAUAGAUCUUAAAGGUGCAGUGUAUAAAUUUUAGGAGGAUCUAUUGACUUUUUUUUUUUUUUUUUUUUUUUUACCUUAGAAUGAACCAUUUCUAUCUACAUACACAGCGGGUCCCCUUAACAUGUCAAGUCGCCAUUUUGCGCCGGCAUGUUUCUACAGAAGCCCUAAACGGACAAACUGCUCUACAGAGUGCGUUCUGUCACUAUGUUGAUGUUCUUCUUCUUUGUUGGUGUUUUUAGAGGCAGUUUGCAUCGGCAAUACGUUGAAUACGCACAAAGUAGUAGUAGUAGUCAUCUAGUUUAUUAGAAGCAGACACUGUUCUUUGAUAGAAGUAAGAAAAAACCUCAUUGCUUGACUGGGUACUCUCUGCUGUCUCAGUCAACGACAUCUUUGUCUUGUGUUGGCCACCAUAGCUUCUAAAUAUGUGCAUCGAAAAGAAGGGGUGAGUGGUGGACUGAUCAAUUCUCAACCUUGCCGCUAAAAUUUACACACUGCACCUUUAAUACCAAUUCAGAUGCAGCUUCUGAAAAAAAUAAUGGCUGUUGUAGCAUAAAAGUUUGUGCAAUAAGUUGUGUAAUAGAUUGUAUCAAAUAAAAUAUUUCUUUCUAAAGCUA